AUGCGAACUAUUUACAAGGACUUAUCGCAAUCGCAAUUGGACCAUAAUAGCCAGAUAUGGACAUACAGAGAGGCCCCACGAAUAACAUCGGAAUACAAGAAGACCAUCGCCCGCCUCUGGCAAACAGGUAUUGGACCCCCCUUCACCCGUCACGUCUGUUUCGCAGAUCUGAGCCCAGCCAUGGUCUACGAAGUCAUCCAGCCUGUCAGCGGACCUAGUAUCUUCCAAGAAUUGCUGGACAAGCACAAUGUCACUCCAGUAAUCCACCAUGUCGCAUAUGAUAUGAAUGGAAUUCCCUUCCUAGAUCGAAUCAAGGAUAAGAACCAUUUUGAAUUCUUCAAGACUGAGGAUGCUACCGGGACGCGUUUUGAGGCGUAUGAGUUUCCGAAUUAUUAG